GCACGAGCAGGAAGGAAGCGCCCGGAGCCCCUCCCUACCAGCUGCAGGUAAUUUUUUCUGCCGUUUAAGAAACGUAAGAGUUGAUGGAACUCUCUGCCGCCCCUCUCGCAGCCCGGGGCUCCCCCUCAGGGCGCAAAGCCCCCUCAGGGCCCGGGGCCAGGCCCAGCCGCGCAGCGCUCCCCGCUGAGGGCCGCGGCCUCCUAGCGCUCUACCUCCCUCUCCCCCCCAGACAGGCUGGGGCCGCUGCAGCCACCCAAGGAACUGUUCACGGGGCAGGUGCAGGUGCUGAUGAUCAAGACUCCGAGCUCCACUGCUGAACUCCGCUCCAGACCAGCAGCAUUUCAUUGACACCAUCAUGUGGUCGUCGAGAGAUGAUCUUUUGAAUCCAAGCUGUGGAGAAAAUGGAGCCCCAACAGAGCAGCUACGCUGGAUGUCUGAGAGGACCAACCUCCCUUCACGUGGCUGAGGGAAAGCAGCAGAACCCUUCUCAAGCAGCACUCCCAGCACUCGUGACACAGACCUGGUGUUGCCAUGAAGAAAUGAACACCAAAAAGCAGCACAUUCUUAACUGUUUCUGGAGGUUGCCUGGGGCUGCUGGUCCAGAGAAAUUAUUCUUUGCAAGCCCAUGGGAAACUCAAUUUGUGAUGGAAAAGCAAUCUCUUGAUCUCCUUCUGCACCCCUACCAGCCAAUGGAGCAUCUGAGUUCUUCACUUUUCCUUUGGUGAUUCUAUGAAGUGUAAUGGUCAUACGCUCCCAGUUAUCCUUUAUGUUGUUACAUACCUUUCAAGAAGUAAAGCAAAGCGUUGAUUUGAUGGAACAAAAACCAUUUUCUGGUUGGUCAGUAUUCCUUCCAUCAGUGCCUUCACAACUUCAUCAACCUCCAAGAUCUUUCCAAGCCUAAAAUCAAAGGAAAGCGUAUAUAUGAAAUCAACAGUGAUGAAAGAUGGGCAGCAGCUGAACAUGAAGUAGGAUGCUUCACAUGCGCACAAAGGCAGGUAAAUAAAGGACAACUGCUGUGUGGGAUAUGUACUCAGUUUGAAUAAACAGAGGCAAAGCAGGGGUAAAUACGUAAUGCUGCCUUCUGAUCGUUACCUCAUACUGGGGUUUUUGACAAAUCCAGUAUUUAUAAAAACUGGGCAGAGACAUGUUGUUUUUAUUCCAUCCUUUCCCAGGGAAGACAGCUCAUCCGUUAGAGCUUUAUGGAAUCCAACUGCAGCAAACUUGCUUGCGCUGGUGGAGGAAAAAAGCACAAAUCAGAAGGCAUGAAUGUUAUUUCCAGCCUGACAGAAAGGGGCUGAGAGAACAUGCAGUACUGACUAGUGAGGGAAACAAUGCAAUCCAUUUGGGAAGGCAGGGACUAAUUCUAAUUUUUGCUAUCUUGCAGUGUUUUCCUAAAAUAGAUAUUGCUUCCUGGGGAAAACAUUUUGGCAUGUGAAAUAGAAUAUCUAAGUAAUCUUAAUAGUGAACUGUCAGGGGCGUGUUAGGAAACAUUAAUUGGCAUGCAUAAGUCUGAUGUUUUUCUUUUUGAAAGCUAAAUUCAGUAGACUGUGUGAAGCCCAGCAUUUCUUACUACAGGAAAGAAAUAUGGCCUGAGUUUGUUUCACUAAGAAGAAAAAAGAUGGUAAAAACAAACAAGUAAUGGUUUUUCUUAUGGCUACAGCAACUCACAAGAGCACCAUGUUAUUCUAAGAAGAAGGAAAGCGGAUACCUUUUUCACCAAUCAAAGUCUGGAUCAGUUAUGGGGAGAAAAAAAAAUAGAUUUCAUUAGUUUAUUUGUCAUAUCAUUAGUCUUUCAUUGAUGCAUCGUUCCUCAUUCAGUCAGAGCUAACAAGUAAAGCAGUGGGCAUCCCCACAAGUCCUUAUGUGCCGGGUGCUGUGGGUUUUCUUCCUCCUUUGGAAGAAGCUUUCUGAGUGUAUUUAUUUCCUCUCCAUGUUUGCUGGUGGAGAAGACAAAGAUAAGAAACAAAGAGAGCUGAUUUUGAAGUCACUUACCAAUAAGCCACCAUGAAAGGAAUAACAAAAUGACCUGCUGCAGAAGCCACUGUGACAAUGUGACCGUGGUUGUUGUUCAUCAUUGUUGGCAGAAAAGCUCUUGUUGUCUUGAAAAGGAUUUAGAACAAGGGCCAGAAAAAGGGUUGGGGAAGGAAGAAAGAGUAAUGUCUUAAGUGUUUUUCAACACUGUUCCCAGAUACAUGCAAUUAAGUGACUAAUGCUUUUUGUAAUGCUGGGUAGGUUCUGAGAACCACAGAAACACCCAUUCUGUAACCUGAUUUCUGGAAGGACUCUUUCAGCAAAGUCAGGUAUCAGCAGAAGAUGUUAUUCAUGCUACUCCUAGCCUGCUUUUUUGUUUCACUUGUCAGCAGCAACGCUAGCAGUAUCUCUCCCCAGCACACACACAGUUUGUAGUACCCCUUUUUUCUCCUGCAAGCAGAAAUUCUUUAAUACUAGGAAUGCUGCUGAAAGCUGUCCUAUCCCCAGGGUCUGGUUGCCAGAGUCCCCAGGAGCCAAAAGCCCAGCUCAGAGAUGUCCCAGCUGCAUCAUCUCCACACAGGCUGCUGGUAGAGAGCUGGGAGAAGCCCUGCAAGGAGAUAAGGCAGGUGGCACUUUGUGGCCAUGGACAUGGACAGCUACAGGAUGGGACUAAAGCAGUGCCAGGAGCCCAGAGCGGAGCCAGCAAUGAGACAGGUACAAAAUGCUUCAGGACGAAGCCCUGGAGACUGGCUAAGGUGCUGGUGGCAGUCAUGGAGAGGCUGGGUCUGGCUGCACCACGUGGCAUUGCUAGGAGCUAGCAGCCAGCUCUGCCCUGCCCCUGGCUCUAUGUACCAAAGGCUGCCUUCUGUUGGAGGCCAGCUGAUAAAAAAAACAAAACACUUCGCAUUAUAUGAGCAGUUGUUCUACUGCUUGCAGGCUCUUGGUGCCUGGCUGAGGGUGCCCACACUGCCUGACCCAAAGAGGGACACUAAGACACUUGUGACAUAGACCAACCUAUGCUGCAGGGGAGGCCAUCAUCAGCCAGCUUGUGUGGAAAAAGGAAAAGACAAGGGAGCCAGGCCAGCCUCGGAUCAGCAAGAGACAAUCAAGUUUCCCAACAGCCACACUGAGUGCACGUUUGCUAUGCACACAGAGCAGCAAGUGAAUGUGGUAAUUGGCCUGCAGAUUUAAAUAACUGUUGGUCUAAAUACAUAUGCUUAAUAACGGCCACGGGGGAGCGAAUGUGCUGGAGACCCUUACCCAGAUGUGAGCGAGAAUGUUGACUUCAAACGUUUUCUCAACUUGGUGGUCCUGGGUGGAGAGCAGGUCGGCAGCUGCAAUCACCCCAGCGUUAUUCACCAGGAUGGACACAUCACCAAUGUCCUUUUUCACCUUUUGGACCAAAAGAUGUGUAGGUGAACGCCGCUUGGUAACACACGCAGUGCAAAGUUGUGAGUAGUAAUUCUUAGGGUGAUUUUCUUGCAGGUAGGAACACGCAGUAUCCUUCUUGUGGCCGAAACCACAACAGACCUGAAAGCUGAUUUACAUCUGAUGCUUUGCCCUUUUUUUACUGCCAGUUAUUACAGCGUCCUACGCAUCACCCAUGGACAAACACGCUCUACAGUUACAGCUGGCGCUGUGGACAUACGGAAUGAUUUGAACCAUGCCCUGCAGUGCAGCCUUUCGCAUUCCCAUGUCUGUUCCUCAGCAAGCCAGGAGCAGGAAGUUUGGUUGCAGGGUCUAAAGUCUGAAGCAUAAACCCAGUAGGACAAAGGCUCCCAGAGGAGGAUGGGACGGGCUGCAGUACCUGAAGCCUUUCCCAAAGCAAAGCACGUGUGGGGCAGCCCUGGCACAUGCACCUGCUCCCUUACCUUCUCGGCAGCGCUGUAGAUCUCCUCCCUUUUGCUGCAGUCCACCACAAAGGUGUGAACGCUGGCUCCCAGCCCUUCGCAUUCUGCUGCCGUCUCCUUGAGGCCAUGCUGUGGGGAGAAGGAUGCGUGUGUGACGCGGGUGCCACGGCCUCGGUAGAGCCCGUUUAGCUGCAACGCGGGCCCGGCCUCACCGCCUCGACGUCCCACAGCACCAAGCGGCUCUGGUGCCGGGCGAACUCGCGGGCCGUGGCCCUGCCCAGGCCGCGGGCAGCGCCCGUCACCAGCACCAGCUCCCCGCGGACGGCCUUCCUCUUGGCGGGCAGCAGCAGCUUCACCAGCGCCUCCGCGUAGGCGUACAGCAGCGUGCCCAGGAACACCAGCAGCUCCAGAGCGGGGUUCAUCUUGCGACCGCUCCGCACGACCGCGACAAGUCAACGCACGCGGCCCCGCCGGGAGGCCGGGGAGAGGAAAGCAGCCAAUCGGGAGCGCGCUGUGAGCAGGGGGCGGGGCCAAAGGAGGGGCGCAGCCAACGGAAUGGUGGCGCCGCUGAUUGGCCGGGCUCCGCCCAAUGAGGGCGAUGAGCUCUCGGAGGUGCUCCCGUGUGUUGUUUACCGACCGAACCGUAUGAAAAUCGUAGGGAGGCGCUGGUGGUUGGUUGGUCUGCAGCAGAGGUUGGUGCGGCAAGUCAGCCGUCAAAAGCACGGGGUGGGAGGUUUGACAGGGCCCAUAGUGUGAGGGAAGAGCUGCUGCAGUAGCGCCCUUCCUGUUUUGCUGACAGUGGGAUCAAUGAAGUGACAUGGGAAUUUUUGUUAGUACCAGAUGAUGAAGACAUUGUGGCCAUUUGCUGCCUAGCAUUUAUUCGGACUUAGAAAGUAAGCAGACAAGGGUGGGGAGAGCUAUUAUCUGUGACCCGUGCUGGCUUCAGUCACAGGAACCUCAUUGCUGAUCUGUGGUUUCAGUGUGCUGGUGAUAAAAGGCAUGAAGGAGCUGAACGAAGCAGAAGAUGAUCGAGGAGCAGCAGUAUUUUGUAGGAGGCGGCCUCAGUUGUCCAGAGAGGUAUCUGCAGAGUGAGAACAGAAUUGCAGUAACUUCUCUGCAGCUCACUGGUCCCACCUCCAUCCCAUUGACAUGUUUGACAGCUGUAACGCCAAGAAUUUCUACCACAACAAAGCUCUCACCUCCCCAUAUCCCAGAUCGCGUGUUGAGCGUACCCAUGUUCCUGCAGAUAAAGUGGACUGGUUGGCUGAGUGGAAAGAUUACCAACCCGUGGAGUACACUGCAAUGUCUAUUUUGUCUGGACCUCAGUGGGCAGAUCCGCAGGUCAGUGAUAAAAGUUUCUCUCCCAAAUUUAAUGAGAGAGAUGGAGAAGUGGAGAGGACAAGUUGGAAUGGCUUAUAUGUGGUUGAAAACGGGAGGCCCCGAAACCCAGCAGGAAGGACAGGUCUCACAGGGAGAGGGUUACUGGGGCGUUGGGGACCAAACCAUGCUGCUGAUCCUGUUGUGACCAGGUGGAAGAGGGAUAGAAGUGGCAAUAAAAUAGCUCACCCAGUUACUGGCAAAAACAUCUUGCAGUUUGUAGCUAUCAAGAGAAGAGACUGUGGGGAGUGGGCCAUCCCUGGGGGGAUGGUGGAUCCAGGGGAGAAGAUCAGCGCUACUCUUAAGCGGGAAUUUGGGGAAGAGGCUUUGAACUCCUUACAGAAAUCACCUGAGGAAAAAGCAGAAUUGGAAAAGCAACUCCAGAGGCUGUUCAGCCAGGAGCACUUUGUGGUGUACAGAGGAUAUGUGGAUGACCCUCGUAACACUGAUAAUGCUUGGAUGGAGACAGAGGCUGUGAAUUACCACGAUGAAACUGGUGAGACCAUGGAUAACUUGCCUCUGGAAGCAGGUGAUGAUGCUGGGAUGGUGAAGUGGGUUGACAUCAGUGAGAAGCUCAAGCUGUAUGCAAAUCACAGCUACUUCAUUAAGCUCGUGACGGAGAAACGGGGAGCCCACUGGAGUGAGGGACCUGGUCCUGAGUGCCCUGAGUGAUGUAAAGGAGGAACGGACCCAUGCGUGAAGGCUGGUGGUCAGCAGCCUUGGAGUUGAGAUGAUGCUGAACUUCUCAGUGCUAAAGUACAGCAUAUGCCUCAUUUAAGGGACUUUGUUGUUGCAAAUAACAUGUAAUAAUGACUUUGUCACCUGUGUACAGCCUUCCAGCCAUGGGAUUAGCUCUGUAUACACAGGUCAGGCACAGCUGGCUGUGAUGGAACGUGCAAUGAUAAGGGCUUUUAGAAGGCUUGAAAUGGCUUCUUUGAAUUUCUCAACGAGUGUAAAAUGGGAUGAAUGUGGAGCUGUUAACUUCUUUCUUGUCUUAAUUUAUUUGCAGCCAAAUCUUAUGUCAGCAGAGAUGCAAGAGAUUGCUGGGGUUCUGACUGUAGUUCUGAGCUACACUUGAGCUCUAUUUUUGCACUGGUUUCUUGUCAAGGGUAUGCAUCUUUCACAAGUCUGUGGUUUGUAGGAUGAUUACCUGAAUAGUUACUAAGAUGAAUUAAAGAGCUAUGUAUUCAAGUGA